CUUGUUUUGAUGACGUCACACUCCGACAGCACGCAUUGAUCCAACAUUCACUGUACGAAAGUAUUGAAUCCCGCCUGAAGCUCUCGGUUGUCUUCACCGUGAAGCACACGCCGAGAGGACCGCGCGCAUCGCCACAGAGCUCUCAAUCACAGCUUGAAGCAAUGGCUGAAUCAGAUGUGAAUCCCAAAGCUUAUCCUCUGGCUGAUGCCACCCUCACCAAAACCAUCCUGGACCUGGUGCAACAAGCGUCCAAUUACAAACAACUGAGAAAAGGGGCCAAUGAAGCCACUAAAACUCUGAAUCGUGGGAUCGCAGAGUUCAUCGUGAUGGCUGCAGACGCUGAACCACUGGAGAUCAUCCUGCAUCUGCCUCUGUUGUGUGAGGACAAGAACGUCCCAUACGUGUUCGUGCGCUCCAAGCAGGCCUUGGGCCGUGCGUGCGGGGUGUCCAGGCCUGUCAUCGCUACCUCAGUCACCAUUAAAGAGGGCUCGCAGCUCAAGCCUCAGAUCCAGUCUGUACAGAUGGCCAUUGAGAGACUGCUGGUCUGAUGCUCCGUAUAAACUGAUCGGAGCAUGCCUGAGAUUUCGAGCUUCAAAAAGGACACAAAGGCACAAUUAAAAGUUGCCUACUCACCCUCAUGAUCAUUGUUGCGACAUGAGUAAGUUGAGUACAUGAUGACAAGAGUUUCAUUUUUGGGUGAACUAUUCCAUUUUAGUUUCUCAAUGAUUUCAAAUUGUUUACUUUUUAGUACCCGUUUUGCCAUUAGUGAUCCUGUUUAACUACUGGAAGAAAAUUGUUAUUUUUUUGUAAUUUGUCAUUUUUAUUACUUUGCAAAAUGCAGUUUAACAUGCUGAAACAUGUUUCAAAGUUGUUACAUAUUGUAUAUCAGUCCUUUGUACAGACUGAAACUCUGUGAGACCAUUAGUGCGACAGUAUUUGGGCAUACUUGUGUCAUUCAUUUGCAUCUUGUUUCCACGAACCCCAUUGUCUCAUACUGUUAUCUAGAAGUAUCUUAAAAUUCAUUAUUGAACAUUUCUCAGGAAUAAUUGUGACAUUUGCAGCACACUGUGGUCUAAUAUUUUUGUAUAAUUGACAGUUGUUCCAGGUAACCGAUUUCCUAGAUGGGCUAGUCUUAUGUCACUCUACAGUCGAGGAUAUCUUGGCGACUUCUCGCAUAAUAAAAAUUCAGCUCAAAUCUUUGCAUUCCUCUUUGCUUUUCUGUUACUGAAAAACAAAUUGCAAGAGAACGUUGCAAGCUCCUCUUCUGUUGCACAAGGAAAUGUGGGCAGUAUUCGCUCAAAAACUAAAAGCAUGCGUGAAUGCAAACUUUUCACGUACUGUUUGCGACAUUGUAUGCGACCCUGAUCUAUCCAGUAAGUUUUAAUACCUGAAUACUGCAUGUAUUUAAACAUUUUUUUGUAAAACUGUAGGCAUUGUGCUAUGAUAAAAGUUGCAAACAGUAGUAUUCGAGGUUGUCAUGAUCUCAUUACGUUGCAUGUGUGUGGCAUUAAAAAAAUCAGCUCCGCUCCUAAACUUUGUGAUGCCUAAUAUACACUACCAUUCAGAAGUUUGUCACUAUGAAUCGUUUUUUUUAUUUGUGAAAGAAAAUGAUCAUUUUAUUCACAGGAUGCUUAUUUCUUAUUGUUGGUUGAAAUUGGUACAUUCUACCUUUUUCUUCAUAUUUGACUGUUUCGGAUGUGGUGAUUUCUUUGAACGUCUGCCUAAAAUGCCAACAUCCCAGAGCUUUUUCACUGUUGCAGAUGAAACUGGUGUUUGCCAUGUACUGGUCAUUGAAACUGCUGGUUUAGGGGUCUGUUUCUCAAACGAGACUUUGGGGUACUUGUCUUUUUGUUGUUGUGCAUUUGGGCCGUCUACUUCUCUCUCUAUCCUGGCUAGAUCCACUUUAAUUUCUUCUUUCAAAACAGUAUCCAUGGAAUAGCCUUCAUCUCUCUCUCUCAAAAAUAAAAAUAAAUAAAUCAAUAGACUGAUGAAUUCCUAGA